CCCUUGUGCGACAGCUUGGCGGGGCGGCUGACGAGAGCGAGCGUGCCUCCGGGCCUGAGGGCGACCCGGAGGAAGGGGAGGAUGCCGCCGGCCGUGGGCGGAGGCCUGGCAGGGUCCGAGCUGCGUCCCCGGCGGGGCCGAUGUGGGCUCCAGGCCGCUAGGGCCGUGGGCCGGGACGUGGCUACUGACGCUGCAGCGCAAAGUCCCAAACGGCCUGCACGGGGCUCGCGGCGCUUCGAGGCGGCCGGCCGCUGGGCCGUGCUGGCCCUGGUGACGCUGCUGUCCUUCGCCACCCGCUUCCACCGUCUGGACGAGCCUCCGCACGUCUGUUGGGAUGAGACUCACUUUGGAAAAAUGGGAAGUUACUACAUCAAUCGUACCUUUUUCUUUGAUGUGCACCCACCUCUGGGGAAGAUGCUGAUAGGUCUUGCUGGCUACCUGAGUGGAUAUGAUGGUACCUUUUUAUUCCAGAGGCCUGGGGACAAGUAUGAGCAUCACAGUUACAUGGGAAUGAGAGGAUUCUGUGCAUUCCUUGGUUCCUGGCUGAUCCCCUUUGCUUACCUCACUGUACUGGAUCUGUCCAAGUCCCUCCCAGCAGCACUGCUCACCGCUGCCCUCCUUACCUUUGACACAGGAUGCCUCACUCUGUCUCAGUACAUCCUCCUUGACCCCAUCCUGAUGUUCUUCAUCAUGGCUGCCAUGCUGAGCAUGGUCAAGUACAACUCCUGCGCCGACAGGCCCUUCUCUGCCCCCUGGUGGUUCUGGCUCAGCCUGACUGGCAUCAGUCUUGCUGGUGCUUUAGGGGUCAAGUUUGUUGGCCUCUUUAUCGUCCUGCAAGUGGGGUUGAACACCAUUUCAGACCUUUGGCACCUGUUUGGAGACCUCAGUCUUUCAUUGGUGACUGUGGGAAAACACCUGACUGCUCGCAUCCUGUGCCUCAUAGUGCUGCCCCUGGUUCUCUACACGGCUACUUUUGCUGUUCACUUCAUGGUGCUGAGUAAAAGUGGUCCUGGAGAUGGUUUCUUCAGUUCUGCCUUCCAGGCCCGGCUUUCAGGGAACAACCUUCACAAUGCUUCCAUCCCUGAACACCUGGCCUAUGGCUCUGUGAUCACGGUGAAGAACCUCCGGAUGGCCAUUGGCUAUCUGCACUCCCACAGGCACCUGUACCCUGAGGGCACUGGUGCACGCCAACAGCAGGUCACCACCUAUUUGCACAAGGACUACAACAACCUGUGGAUUGUCAAGAAACAUAAUACAAACUCAGAUCCCCUAGACCCUUCAUACCCAGUGGAGUUCGUGAGACAUGGAGACAUCAUUAGACUGGAACACAAAGAGACGUCUCGGAACUUGCAUAGUCACUAUCAUGAGGCCCCGCUGACCCGGAAGCACUAUCAGGUCACUGGCUAUGGCAUAAAUGGGACAGGAGACUCAAAUGAUUUCUGGCGGAUUGAGGUUGUAAACAGAAAAUUUGGAAACCGGAUCAAAGUGCUGAGAAGUCGAAUUCGCUUCAUCCAUCUGAUCACAGGUUGUGUCCUGGGCUCCUCAGGAAAGGUUCUGCCCAAGUGGGGCUGGGAGCAGUUGGAAGUUACUUGCACUCCGUACCUAAAAGAAACCCUCAACUCCAUCUGGAAUGUGGAGGACCAUAUCAAUCCCAAAUUGCCAGACAUCAGCCUGAAUGUGCUGCAGCCCAGUUUUCCUGAGAUCUUGCUGGAGUCCCACAUGGUCAUGAUCCGGGGGAACAAUGGCCUCAAACCCAAGGACAACGAGUUCACAUCCAAGCCCUGGCAUUGGCCUAUCAACUAUCAGGGCCUGCGCUUCUCAGGGAUCAAUGACACGGAUUUCCGAGUCUAUCUGCUAGGCAACCCGGUGGUUUGGUGGCUGAAUCUGUUGAGCAUUGUCCUCUACCUCCUCUCAGGGAGCAUCAUUGCUAUAGCUAUGCAGAGAGGGGCCCAGCUGCCAGCGGAGGUUGAAGGGCUGUCCCAGGUCCUGCUGCGAGGAGGUGGUCAGGUCCUGCUUGGCUGGAUGCUCCAUUACUUCCCAUUCUUCUUCAUGGGCCGGAUCCUCUACUUCCACCACUACUUCCCAGCCAUGCUCUUCUCCAGCAUGUUGACAGGCAUUUUGUGGGACACCCUCCUGCGGCUCUGUGCCUGGGGCUUAGCUUCCUUUUCCCUGGCCAGGGGCAUACACGUGCUGGGAAUCCUGAGCCUGCUCCUGGGAACUGCUUACAGCUUCUACCUCUUCCACCCUCUGGCUUAUGGGAUGGUUGGACCCCUAUCCCAGGACCCCCAAAGUCCAAUGGCAGGACUAAGGUGGAUGGAAUCAUGGGACUUUUGAGGCCACGGCAAGGACUCCAGGUUGGGUCCAGGAACCGCCUAAGGACAGCCAGCUGUGGAGCCAGUCUCUGGACCCUUCUACCUGUGCAGGAAGCUGCCUGAGAUGCCUGAAGAAUUCUGCUGCCUGCCAGGACCGAGCUCUGGGAGCGAAUCUGGAAUUUAAUCCAGCACUAGAGAGUGCCAUAGCUAUGUCUGCAGCACGUACAGAGGGGACAGAAUCUCUCAGGCGCAUUCCCUGAGUGUGCAGCAUGAGGGAGGAUGAGUGUAAAAGAGGGUGGGUGUGAGUGUGUGCAUGUGAGGGUACAUUUGCCCAUGUCCCUAUGGAAUAUAGACCAUGUAACUGUGGACAGCUGAGUGUCAUAAACUCUAAGAAAUAACCCAGGGCUAAGUAA